AUGGGAGCUGCAGCUAGUACACCAUCUGCGCCCUCGGUGGAGCCGCCAGCAGCAACUUGUCCUGUAGACCACAAAACUCGUGAGGUCUGGCUGCAACAAAAUGGGAAAUCACCUCAUCCUACCUCCGAUGUCCCUGGCGAACAGGGACAACCACGUGCCAAAGCUCAACGACCCCUAUCAACAGACCGAGAAGUGAGCAAUAUCCCUCGAGCUGGUGAUUUCAGCUCAGCAAGUGCUUGCCCCGAGGCAAACAAGGCCUCUUCAUCCCCAUACGCUGCGUCGCAUGGUAGCCCGUCCAAUGCCGAAUCCGAGACUGGCCGCGAUGAAGCCACUGGAAAUUGGAUCUAUCCUUCAGAGAAACAAUUUUUCGAGGCCUUGAUGCGCAAGGGUAACACUCCUGGAUCUACUGCUUCCGCCUCAGAGCUCGCAACUUCCGUAGCUUCCAUUAUCCCCAUUCAUAACGCCGUCAAUGAACGCGCAUGGGAUCAAAUUCUCGAAUGGGAGAAAAAGGGCCCCUCGGCUGACCCCGGGAGCAAGAAAUGUGGAGGACCAAAAUUAUAUUCGUUCCGAGGACUUGGAGUCGACCCGCAGUACCUGAGUCCGCGUGCACGAAUCAAUGGAUGGCUUGGCUACCAGCAUCCAUUUGAUCGGCAUGACUGGGUUGUUGAGCGUUGUGGUGGUGAAAAGAUUGAAUAUGUUAUCGAUUUCUACCAGGGCAAGCCGUCAGGAGGCAACGAAACCCCAUCGGGUUUGGCUGCCAAUGCCAAUGCCACCCCCGGGAAGCUCAGUUUCUUCCUCGAUGUUCGGCCCAAAUUGAACACUUAUGAAGGCUGGAGGCUGAGGUUCAAUCGCUUCACAGGUCUAUGA